ACAUAUUUUCGGCAAAAUUUUUUUCCUUCCAACAAAUAAGUGAUGGAUUUUUGGAAUACCAAUUUUGAGCCGAUUGAUGAUUACUGUUUUUAUUUUGACUUUCGUUUUCAUAUCAAAUGGAUCUCGUGUUAAAUUUGGAAGAGAACGUCUUGUUUAGACCAAAUUUAAAUGGUAGUUUGAUGAGAGUAGCUGCUACAACGAUUGCACCAUGGUUCAUUGGAAAUUAUAAACCAGAAUUUGUUGCAUUUGAUGGUUCAUCAUAUCAAUUUCUUUUAUUUAUGGCUAAUUAUUUUAAUUUUACCUAUGAAUUACAACAUGAUUUGAAAUUAGAAUUGAAUAAGGAUCUCAAUGGAAACUAUACAGGCCUUAUUGGGUCAUUAUUGAAAGGUGAUAGUGAUUUCGCUUUAGGCAUAUUGCCACUCAAUUAUCCACUCAUUAAUCCUUUGGUAAAAGCAUCCGAAAUGAUUGAUAUAACUCGACUGAAGUAUAUAACAUUGUUACCGAAACCUGAAGAUGUUUAUCGUACAUUAUUUACACCGUUCGAUUUACAAGUUUGGAUAUAUUUCACAUUGACCAUGAUCAUAUUGCUAGCAGCUGGGUCAAUAUUCGAAAAAAUUAUUCCUUCUGGAAGCGAUAUCUAUUGGUUAAUGUUUAGCUCAUUGCUUCAACGUGGCAAAUAUUCAAUAUUUCAAAGUAAUGCUAUGAACUUAUUGAUUCAAUUAUGUUGGUGGUUUGGUUUCAUUCUUAUUGCUUCAUAUGGAUCGAUUAUUAUUUCAUCGCUCACUGAUGAUAUUCGUUUUGAAGAAAUCAAUGGUGUAAAUGAUUUCAUUCGCUUGAUUAAUGAUAGUUUAGCAGAACCAAUCAUGGGAGAUAGUGGAACAUUCAACUAUUAUUUUGAGAAUCGCCAAACUCAAUCUGAAGUUUUCGAAAUUCUAUCAAUUCAUAUGGUAUUGACGCCUUCUUAUCUUGAAGCUUUUCGGUUGAUGUUUGAAACUCGUUUGAAUAAAAAAGCACAGCAACCUGUGUAUGCGACUAUUGGGGCUGAUGUUUAUCUGGAUUUAUGGACACGAACUUUGAACGAACAAUUAUUUUCUGCUUAUGAUUUGGAUCAAUCGACAAUCAUCAGUGAACCUUAUGGGAUGUUAUUUCGAGCCAAUUAUUCAUUUAUAAUAUAUUUCAAUCAAUGUAUAAGAAUCGCUAGAGAAUGUGGUUUUUCCAUAAAUGGAUAAUAAAAAAAUAUAAAUG